GCUCAGAUUUCAGGGGGAAAAAAGAAGGUAAAACAGUCUCCAUCUGUAAAAAAGCGAAGAGAAAAAUAAUUCGUAGGUCAUCAGUUACGAGUGAGUGUCCAAAUGGCGAUCUCCACUACACUAGGAGGAGGAGGAGGAGGAGGAGGAAGGAGACAUCAACCAUCGCUGCUACAGAGAUAUCAAGGCCGCUGGCGCAAUAAUCGAUUCCCUAAACUGAAAUUUUCCGGUUCAAGAAAAUCAUUUCGGUAUAUCAUAAUAAUACUUGCCUUCGUUGCUCUCUUGCCUCCCAUUUUUUUCCACUUCAAGCUCCGUCGCCUCCAUCAAACGCAAUUAAAGAAGUGUGGGUGGCUUAAUGAUCCGCCACUUGUUUGUGCUCAUGGAGGUGAUUCAAUCAAUGCCUUCCCUAAUACUAUGGCUGCGUAUCAUUUAGCACUUCGUUCUAAAGUAGAUUGCCUUGAGAUUGAUGUUUCUCGUUCUAAAGAUGGAGUUUUAUUUGCUCUCCAUGACAGGGAUUUGCAGCGGAUAUCUGGUAACAGUACUUCUAAAGUUGGGCACUUGAGCAUGAAAGAGAUUAAAGAAUUAGGUGUACAUCACCAGUCUGCACAGGAUUUUCAUAAUCAUACAGUUCCCACUAUUGAAGAUGCUUUGAUGUUGGUAUCAAGUUCAGUUCGGCAGGUGAUUCUGGAUGCAAAAGUUGGACCUCCAUCAUAUGAAAAGGGACUUGCGAAGGAUAUUCUCGCUGUUGUCGAGAGAUUGCAGUGUCAGAAUUGCCUUAUUUGGGCAAAAAGUGACAAUCUGGCCAGAGACCUAAUCAAACUAAAGUCGAAUGUCAUGGUGGGCUAUAUAGUCAUGGUGGAUCCUGAUACAGGCAUGAAAACGAAACUAUUGAGAAUGAAGGGUGCUGGUGUUGUUGGUGUUCACCACCCACUGAUCGAUGAGAAGCUAGUGGCAAUUCUCCACAGAAGGAACAAAAAGGCAUAUGCAUGGACGGUUGAUGAUGUGGAUUCUAUGCGGAAGAUGUUGUUUGAGCAUGUUGAUGCUGUUGUUACAAAUAACCCCAAUCUUCUUCAACAGCUCAUGCAAGAUAUUAGAACUGAAUGUCGGGAGGAAGGUUUUUCUUUGCCAAGAAGAUAAUAUUCAUCUCAAAUAGUUGAACUUGUGCGUUAGAGCAAUCAGCCUUUCCCAUUUGUGUGCUUAUCACAAGAGAAUUCUGUGUAUGGCCUUAACUAAUCAUUAUUUGCUCAGUUCCAUUAAUCAAAA